AUGCACGCGCCUCCCAGAGGCUUGGUGUACGCCAUUUACUACACGGCUCUUGCGGUGAUCGCGGUUCCAGUUAAUAUAGUGGCCAUUGUGAUCCUGUCCCGAGGAAAAUGUGGCCUGUCCAGAUGUAUCACCCGGUAUCUCGUGUCCAUGGCGGCGACAGACCUGCUGGUAGUUAUCACCGCCGUGAUAUUAAACAGGAUUCCCGCUAUUUAUUGUCCCGGUAGUUUCCUCUCCAUCACGCCUGUCUGCAGUUUCAGCGUUGCGUUAAUUUACGCCGCCAGGGACAGUUCGGUUUGGUUAACGGUAGUGUUCACCUUUGACCGAUAUGUCGCCAUCUGCUGGCAGAAGCUCAAAGCAAAGUACUGCACCCACAGAAACGCUGGGAUUGUGGUGUCUGUCGUCUGUACUUUUGGCUGCAUGAUCAACAUCCCCUGGUACUUUUUGUACGAACCAAUCUACAUCAUUGACAACGUGCCCUGGUAUUGCAAACCGAAGGGUAUCCUUUAUUCUAUUCUGCCUUGGAUAAUAUUUGAUUGGACCGAUCGCCUUCUGACCCCUUGCCUCCCGUUCCUGCUUAUUCUCACGCUCAACGCUCUGACUGUCAGGCACAUUUUGGCAGCCAGUCGGGCCCGUAGGAGACUCCGCAGUUGCGCCAUGGGAGAGAGACAGAGCGACCCAGAGAUGGAAAGCCGCAGGAAGUCGAUCGUCCUGCUCUUUGCAAUCUCGGGAUGUUUCAUCCUUCUGUGGAUGCCGUAUGUUGUCUACUUCUUUAUCGAACAUUUUCAAGUUGGUUUUACAAUCACUGGCUACAGCGACCCCAGAUUUAUCCUAAUGGAAAGUAGCAAUGCGUUUCAGAUGCUGAGCUGCUGCACAAACACGUUUAUCUACGCAGUGACUCAAAACAAAUUCCGGGAAGAAUUGAAGGUUCUGAUGAAAUUCCGCUGA